AUGAGUGAACGCAAAGUUCUACAGAAGUACUACCCUCCGGACUUCGAUCCGUCGGCUCUUACUCGACGAAGGGGGGGCAAAAAGGAUGCUGGACAAAUCAAGAGCAUCAAGGUCCGAAUUAUGGCUCCUUGGUCCAUGAGAUGUUGCCGCUGUGGAACGUUCAUUUAUAAGGGGAGGAAGUUCAAUUCCGAAAAGACCACUGAUCCCGCUGAGAAAUACCUUGGUGGCAUCUCCAUCGUCAGAUUGCACUUCCGCUGCCCAGGAUGUAGUGGGGAGGUCAUUAUUAAGACGGAUCCCAAGAACAAUGACUAUAGCAUGGUUAGUGGAGCAGUGCGAAACAACGAGCCAUGGCGCAACCGCGAGACCGAGGACGAAGAUGAAGAGCAACGACUGAAUCGACUUGAGCGCGAGGAAGCAGAGGCUGCGGGCGAGGAAGAAAAGAACGCGAUGGAGGAACUCGAGGCCAAGAACCUAGACGCGCAGAGAGAAAUGGCCGCCGCCGACGCUCUAGACGAGAUCCGACACCGAAACGCGCGGAUCAACCGAUCUGAGAAAGAAGGUGUCGACUUUGCGGGCACAAUAGUACGAACAGAAGACGAGGAAAGAGAGAAGCAGGAGAGGGAAGACGACGAAGCUGCUAAGAAAGCUUUCGCUGCGGCACGAGCUCAGAUGAAGAUGGACACUAUACCUGAGGAGAAAGCACCAGCUGUGCUAGAACCUGUGGCCCCGGCUCCGGCUCCUAGUUUCAAGAGGGUGGUCAAGAAGAAGAAAGACCACUCUGCAGCUCUUGGGCUAAAGAAGAAGGCUUGA